GUUCAAAGGUUAUUUAAGGUCAAUGAACUUUGGCCAUAUUUGGGGGUCUUUUUCGUUGAAAGUUAAUGGAUAUAUUCAUGAAAUGAGGACAUAGGGGUAAUCAAGUAUCACUGAUCAUCUUGUACAAGUCUGAGGUCACAUGAUCAAGGUCAAAUAGCAUUUAGGGUCAAUGAACAUAUUUUAUUAUGGUAUGAAUUGUGUUUUGUGAAUAAUUAUUCUAUAGUCGUUUUCAAAGUCAGCACUGCUGCUAUAUUGAAUCGCCUAAUGCAGGCGAGAUUGCCAGAGGCUUCACUUGUUCACUUGUUAUUUUAUAUUUAUUGUUAUAUUUUAAAUUUAUUUCGCAGAAUAUAAAACAAAUCAAUUAAACACUUCAGUUCCAGUGACAAAAAUAAUUGUUACAGUAACACCAUAUUUAGACACUGGAUGCACCUGGAUGAGCUGCCAGGCAUUGGGCAAACUUAACCAAAUUACUGUAAUCCUCGGACCCGGUUCAUACCAGUGAAAUAUAUGAUCUUUCUUCCUUUUUAUUCUCCAGUCCCCAUCAAAACCCUCCAAGAGAUGAACACAGACGAGGUCAAGAAAUGGCUGAUUGAGGAAUUGCGUAUAUCUGUCAGCAUAGCUGAUAAAUUAGCAGAAGCGUGUGUAGAUGGGGAGCUUUUGCUACGAUAUGAAGAUCAGCAUUUACAAAAGGAUUUCCAAUUGCCUACUGGAGUGAUGCGAAAGAUAAUCUAUGCUAGAGAUUAUCAUAUGAAGAAGCGUGCUCAUGCACAACCACACCUCGCACCUGCAUCAGAAUGUUCCGACAACUUAAACAAAGACGCCGGAACGACGGGGAAUAUACAUAGAUCUCCCUCAGCAUCUGGAACACAUGAAAGUAAAAGAGAUGCGCAGAUCACUGAACUUACAGCAUCAGUGAAGAGGUUAAACACAGAAGAUGAUGACGUGGGGAAAUCAGUGGCGGUAGAAAUUUCUCAGCCGGCGCCACUUUCCAAAGAAGAAGAAUCAGCAGGAGAAGCAAAGCUGCGAUAUCUCCUGACAGGUGAUGAGAGUGGAUCAUUAGACCGUUCUUUCCAUCCCGUUCUUGUGGUUAACAAACCUGCAUUUGAAGAAUCUCGAGAUGAUAAGCUAGAAAGUCUCAAGGAAAGGCUCGACUUUGUUUCUCUGGUGAACUGGAAUGCAGUAUUUGAUUGCAAUCCAAAGUCUCGUGAGGAUGGAGUAUGUUCAAUGGUUGAAGAAAAGCGCGAAAUCAAGCUUCUCCUUCCUGAGACAUUCAACAAAGAAAUUCCACCCGAAGAAGUAGAUUUCAACGACGUCCCUUCUUGGAUAUUUUCAAAUGGACGAGAUGAUCUUGAAGAAUUACAAAGCCCGAGUCUUGCUUCAGAUUGGAAUGAAAAAUAUGGCGCAGGAGUUGAUCGUGCAAUAGAUUAUUUUGCCACGAAUGCAAUUCCUAAGAAAAGAGCAAUCGUUGUUUUUCUUCUUCUUUCGAGAGACAGUGUGCAGGUAAUGAGUGAUAUCUUCAAGAAAUUGCAGUCAUCUUUGCAAGGUCAAGGGAAUUUCACAUUCAUUGCAGAAAGUCAAGACCUUUUUGAGAUUUGGGCAGAUGAAGUCAAGAAAUGGUUACCACGGAAUCAACUAGAGCAGCGAAGUUUUAUUGGUACUGAAUGGAAAUAUGUUAAUAAAUUCAUUCAGAGGCAAUACGAACAAUUUGCCAUUUCCCAAGCUGAACUGCCCUUAUCAGACGGGAAGGUGUGCAAUCUUCCAAACAAGAAGCGCUCUCAAUGGCUCAACAUAGGUGUUCUUCCGUCAAAUGAGUGUGAAAACACAGACAUGGACGAGGACGGUCCGAAAUUCAAGAAAUUCGUUUCAAAGCAAGAGUUGACUUUCUACAAAGGAAACGAUGUCUCUUGGUGGAACUUUCACCUAACCGAAGGAAGAGGAAAGAAACAACGAUUCAACCAAGUUUUACGACGUGAAGUCAGUAAAACGUUGAACGAGUUAGUAAAGUCGAAAUGGAAGCCAGCCAAUCCGAAUGAUGGAUCUAGCCCCAUUGUGACAAUAACUAUCUUUCAUGAACCGGGGUCGGGUGCGAGUACCACCGCAAGACAGGUUCUAUGGGAUUUCCACCAUCAACUUCGCUGCGUUAUUGUUAAGCGAGCAGUAAUGCGAACAGUUGAAGAAAUACUUGAAGUCCGCCGAUAUGGGUAUGAGAGUUCAGAAGAACCUCCACCAGCCCUUGUGUUGCUUGAUGACAUGGAUGAUACAGAGGUUGUCGACCUUAUUGCACAGCUUGAACGAGCAACUAACAACAAUGACUGUUUGUCAAUUAUAUUACUUCAAUGCAAAAGAACACCCAAUUCUGAGCUUUUGGCGAAAGACUCAGUUGUUGUCAUGAAGCAUGAAUUGAAUGAUCAAGAACGAAGAUGGUUCGAUGACAAAUUCAAGGAAUAUGAAAAGGAGUACAGUAUGUGCCCAGAGAAGUUGAUUGGGUUCAUGGUAAUGAAAGAACAGUGUAACCCAGAAUAUAUUCAAAGAAUUGUAUCAAACAUCUUACGUGAGAUGAAGAACAAUGCAGAUAAGAAAUACCACAAUGAAGCUCAGCUGCUCAAGUACAUCGCAGUUAUCAAUAAGUAUCUGGGAGAUGUCGGUAUGCCUGUGUCCUGUUGUGAUGAAAUGAUGAGUGUAGGAGAGAGAAUAAGAUGUCAAGGAGGAUACAGAUUGAAGUAUGAUCCAUGGGAAAAACAUCUUUCAAAUGCGACAUGCCUUCUCCUAAUCCAAACAGAAGUGCAUACAAAAUCGGGUCCUACAAAUGUAGUAAAGGUGGUUAACUCUGUCCUUGCAGCUGAGGUUGUCAAGCAACUUGAAGAAGACAAUGGCCAAACAAUUGGAGAAAUUGUCAAGGAGUUCAUAUAUGACUCUAAAAUCCUUGACUCAAAGGCUUACAUAAAGUCGUACAUCGAACUCAUAAUCCGGAGAUUACUUGUACAACGGAAGAAGAUUGACAAUGACUGGAGAGAAAAAAGUGCAUUCUCUCCUUUGGUUGAGCAUCUUGUCAAGGAAAAUCUAAAUCUAGCAUUUCAACUUCUUGAAGACACAUCUAAAAAAUUCAAGAGUGGAUAUAUUGCUCAGCAGCUGGCACGCUUGUACAAAUCGAGAGGAAAGCUUGAUGAAGCAGCUCAAUCUGCGAGGAUGGCUACUGACUUUAAGAGUGACAAUCCUUUCUAUUGGGAUACCCGGGGCAGGAUCAUCAUUAGCAAAAUGGAGAAGUAUAAGGAGCAGCAAAAUUACACAUCAGUAGACGAGUCUGAAGCCCCCACAUUGAUAAAUCUCCUGGAUGAGGGGAUGUGCGUCUUCAAGAGGUGUCAGGACAUUUUUGGAGGGGAAUACAGUUAUUAUUCCCCCUAUGCUGGCUACUGUGGUGAGCUAAAGGUAAUCUUCUUGUUUAUUCACAUAAUGGAAUUACGUGUAUUACCGUUUUGUUCCUCAUCCCAAGAAUGUGUACGUAAAUUGAAAGUUUACUUCUUGACAGAUGAAAACCUUCCGGAUCUCAGCGUCUUUUGGAAAUACAAACGAGAACAUCUUAAGGAGUUACCGAAGAGAGCAGACCUCGUGCUCGAUAAAAUCUCAGAUCUGAUGACAUUCAGCAGAGCUAAACCAACAACCAAGCAAUACCCUGAAGGCCAUCUAUGCAAGGUACAGUCCGAGAUAGACUUGUUCAAUCAGAAGAUGCUUGAGUAUUUUACAAUUGACAUACAUCAAUCCCCACCAAAGUCUGUUCUAGAAAAUUCUUGGAGAAGGGCACAAGUGAAGGCAAUGAAGGCUGAUUCUUUCUCUGCCAUAUUCAAAAUGGCACAAGAUGGUAAGGAGGAUAGCCUAAAGGAAGUUAGAAGCAUUCUCAACGCAAAUAACGAAACAAGUGCCUUUGAUCUGAAACUAUUGGUCUGCAUUUCAUUUGCGUUGUCCUCCUUAGGCUGUGAAGAUGUUGACUACGAUAGAACAGUCAAACUGGUCCAGAAACUCAAUGAAAUUGACAAAAGUUUGUAUGGUGCCUUCUUUGCUAUGAUGUUAGCCUGGCCAAGAGAUGACCUGACUGCAAGACGUAGUGAUGUCGGGAUGUCCCCAUGGAAUGCAGUUCAGAAUCUAAUCAAGAAGGGGAAAAGCUUUCUUAGAAAAGAAGAAAAAACACCUCAUACUAAUCAAUCCUUUCAACAUCAUCAUUUAAAUAAACCUCUCACUUACUUCUUGUUUGCCAAGGGAGAAGGGCUGCAGGCAUUCCUCCACAUUAACGAGUUCCACGCUUCUCCGUCAACACUGGAAGAUGAAAGGCAUAAGUUCUGGUCGAGAGAAGGAGUAAGCCAGCAAUUGGUGCGUCUAGAGGGAACAAUUAAAGAUAGGGGGAGGAUCGUGUACAAAACCCCUGCAAAUGAACACAUCUACAUUGGACUAUCUCGCAGACGGAUAAGCCAACCAAGUCAAGAAAGGGUCUCUUUCUACCUUGGCUUCAAUUUCCAUGGACCUGUUGCAUUCGACGUUUCCGAAAAACGAUCGCACUUCAAUCCCAGUUCACGAGAGGAAUAUCAGCCAGGUGCCGUGUCAGACGUAUCCAGGGUAUCUUGUGGGCAGCAUACUUGUCCAUGAAGCAGAGGAACAAGCAGAAACUCUCAUUCGAAAAUCUUGAAGCAAUACGGAUGAAAUAUAAACUAGAAUCGGAUCUCCGGGACAUUAAGGCUCAAAUUUAGGAUGAGAUCGAAAGAGAAGACGACGAGGACAUUUACCCUCGUAACACGAAAAGAUGAUGAGUGUUUUUUCAUAGAAAUGUGUCUAAUUCAAUUUAUCGUCGGGAUGCAGUGAGGUGUGCGAUUAUUAUGACUUAACUGUCACUUGUCACACUAAUAUAAACUUCUAAUGCAUUGGUUUGAAAUAUGAAAACAAUAUUGCUUAUGAUAGAUCCCAUAUAUGGCCCUAACUGCUCACUGGAAAAAUGCUAGUAUUGAGCGAUUCCAUGCUAGAAAAUUAGCAAUUUCCACAAUAUUUUUAACCUGAUUUACAACGAGGAUCUUCAAUUUGUUUCUUGGUAAUAAUAGAGUACUACUGUAUUGUGAAAAAUUGACAACCAACAAUAAUAUGCUGUCCUUAUGUGAAAUACAGGUCAAAAUGAUUAAUUUCUCAAAGUAUAAUCUAACAAUAUUUCUCUAGUGUAAGAUAAUUAAGAAUUAAUCAUUUGCAUAAUAUUUGAAUGAAUUGAGGGUACCCAAAUAAAAAAAGACGCAACUUUGGUUUGUGUCCGAAAAAUACCAUACCUUGCGUAAACAAUAAGAAUUUAAGGACCAUGUCAUUUUCACCAAAUUUAGCAGAAAGUUACUUUUGUAUCUGUGCAUUAUAAAAAUGCAAAAAGUAAUAUAGGUUCAUGUGCUUAUUUGUUUAUGCCCCCGCAGACGAAGUCCGAAGGGGGCAUUGAGCGUUGCCCCUGCCCGUCCGUCCGUCCCCCACUUGGUUUCCGCGCAAUAACUCAAAAAAUAUUUAAUGGAUUUUAAAAAAUUGUAGUGUGUAGGUAGAUGACACCAAAAUACAGGCUAAGUUUGAAUUCGGAGUCCGCAGGUCAAAUGUCAAAGGUCACAGCUCAUUAAAUAUGCGAGUUGGUUUCCGCACAAUAACUCGAAAAAUAUUUAAUGGAUUCAAAAAUGUGUGGUGUGUAGGUAGAUGACACCAAAAUACAGGCUAAAUUUGAAUUCGGAGUCCGCAGGUCAAAUGUCACAGCUCAUGAAAUAUGCGAGUUGGUUUCUGCGCAAUAACUCAAAAAAUAUUUAAUGGAUUUAAAAAAAAUUGUGGUGUGUAGGUAGAUGACACCAAAAUACAGGCUAAGAUUUGAUUUGGAGUCCGCAGGUCAAAGGUCACAGCUCAUUAAGUAUGCGAGUUGGUUUCCGCACAAUAACUCGAAAAAUAUUUAAUGGAUUAAAAAGAAAUUUGGUGUAGGUAGAUGACACCAAAAUACAGGCUAAGUUUAAAUUCGGAGUCUGCAGGUCAAAGGUCACAGCUCAGUAUAUAUGCGAGAUGGUUCAAAGGUCUAAAUUUGUUCAUUAUGCAUAUUGGUUUCUGCAUUAUAUUUAGUUCAAUCAUAUUGAAUGAAUUUCUGAUCGCGUUAAGCGGGGUCAUCUGUGUCCUUUGGACACGUCAAAUUUUUAGUUUCUACGGGACUUCAAAGUCGCCAUAUUUGAAUGAUAUGAAAACAAUGUUGCACAAUCAAGAGAAUUAUGCCUCUCUUAGACCUCACGAAUCCACCAAAUUAAAAUCAUCUUUACUCUGUCGAUAUCGCAUCAAACUUUAAGGAUAUGUAACUAAUUGGGUACCAAAGUAGGAAAAUAUCUUUUAAUUGACACGACUAAAUCUAUUUGGAGUCAGCAGCGCCCUCAUUUGACAAGAAUGGUGCAUAAACUUCAAAAAACACAUCUCAAAAGGACGUGAAUCUUAUACUCG